AUGCUCGGCUGGACUCUCAAGGGUGUUCUUGCCGAGUCCAAGAUCGACCCCAAGUUGAUCGAGGACGUCGCCGUCGGAACUGUCCUUGCCCCCGGUGGUGGCUCCACCCAGGCUCGUAUGGGUGCGCUCUGGGCCGGAAUCCCCAACACUGCCGGCUGCAACAGCUUGAACCGACAGUGCUCGUCCGGUCUCGCUGCCGUUAACCAGAUUGCCAACCAGAUCGCCCUCGGUCAGAUCGACAUCGGUAUCGGCUCUGGUGUCGAAUCCAUGACGCUCAACUACGGUGCUGGUGUCAUGCCCGCCAAGAUGUCGGACGCCGUCAUGGAGAACGAAGAGGCCGCCGACUGCCUCAUGCCCAUGGGUAUCACCUCGGAGAACGUCGCCAAGAAGUACAACAUCGACCGAACCAAGCAGGACACUUUCGCUGCCGAGUCGUUCGCUCGCGCUGCCGCUGCCCAGAAGGCAGGCAAGUUCAAGAGCGAGAUCGUCACUGUCAAGUACACCGACGAUGAUGGCAACGAGCGAACCGUCGACGCCGACGACGGCAUCCGCGAGGGUGUCACUGUCGAGUCGCUCGCCAAGCUCAAGCCCGCCUUUUCCAAAGACGGCUUCACCCACGCCGGUAACGCCUCGCAGGUCAGCGACGGUGCCGCUUCGGUGUUGCUCGCUCGUCGCAGCGCUGCCAAGAAGCACGGCUUGCCCAUCCUGGGCAAGUUUGUCACCUGCGCUGUCGUUGGUGUGCCCCCCAACAUCAUGGGUGUCGGUCCCGCUUACGCCAUCCCGCGUCUGUUCGAGCUCACCGGUCUCACCAAGGAUGACAUUGACAUUUUCGAGAUCAACGAGGCAUUCGCCUCGCAGGCUCUCUUCUCGGUCGAGCACAUCGGCAUUGACAAGAAGAAGGUCAACCCCGUCGGUGGUGCCAUCGCCAUGGGCCACCCUCUCGGUGCCACUGGUGCACGACAGAUCGCCACCGGUCUCGCUGAGGCCAAGCGACAGGGCGGCAAGAAGCUCAUCGUCACUUCCAUGUGCGUCGGUACCGGCAUGGGCUGUGCCUCACUUAUUGUCUCGGCUUGA